GUAUGUAUUCUGAUGAGAAAAAGAGUCCGUUAAGAAAACACCAAUCGCAUCGAUCGAGCAGAGACAGUGUCACCCUCCGGCAGCAGCCAGCCACAUGCACACACGCACCAUGACAGGUCUCCAUCCAUCCAUCCGUCCGUCAGUCUGUCCCCGUCUCCACUGCCAUCUAUCUACUGCUCUGAGCCCCUGGAUUCGGCACUUAGCGCCGCUCAGGGCUCGGCUAUCGGUCUGUGUCUUGUCACUCAAAGGCAAACAGGUCGCUGUCCUGCAGCAGCCCAUCUGCCAUCAUCUCGCAUUCUAUCGGCGGCCACGUCGGCGACGGCAUUGACACGCCAGCCCACCACUCCUCCAUCCUCUCCAUCCACAAAAGGGUGUCGGCCAUCGUCGCGUCUCCCUCGCCCUCACCCAGCCUUGACAGGUCCGUCUCCAUGACGCGGGCCACCUUGGAGGGCCUCUCCUCUUCCUCCGCCGGGCAUUCCUCCUCGAUCCUAUCAGACGCUGGAUCAGGCGUGCCGUCCUUGUGGCCCCGCUUGGCCAUGGCAACGUCGAGCCCGGAUAGGAGCAGCUCCCCUCCACGUUUUGGCGCCUCCGCCUUGAAAGCGUCCGUCGCCGCCCACCGCUCUGACACACACAGAGACACAGAGAGAGACACACAGGUAUACCCAUCAGGAACAGGCCAGUUAGCGUCCCUUCCUCGCCCGCCUACCCCAGUCUUCGUUCUCAUCGUCGGACUCUGAGCUGUUCUCGUUGCCAUUCUCCCCCCUCUCCCUCAGCCAGGGGGACCCUUGGCCCGGCAGGUAGAAGGGGUUGACCUGCCGCUUCCACCCGUGCUCGCGCAUGAACCGCUCAUAGUUCCACUGCCGCAUGGAGGCCUCUUCCUUCUCCUUGGCCGCCGCCUCCCUCUCCGCCUUCGUCACCUUGGCCCUCUUGCCCUUGGCCUUUGGCUUGGGCUUGCUGGCUACCUUCUUGGGGGCCGGUGCCUUCUUGAGCAGGAAGUCAGGCAGUGGCGGUGGGGGCAUGGCGAGGCGGUCUGCUUCCUCCUUGGCCAUCUUGAGCAGAGUCUCGGGGUCCAGCUGGUGGGUGGGAGUCAGGAGAUGGUCUGGGGCGGGAGGGGUGGGGGAGGUGGGGAGGGGCUGCGAUGACAUGGGCGGCUUCUCCUCCUGGAUUGGCGCUGUCGUGGCCUUUUUCUUGGCCGUGCGGCGGGACGGGCGGGCGGUAGGUGUAGGCCACGGUCGAGCAGCCGGCCCUUGGUGGGGUCCACCUCUGCAUCAAUGGAAUCAAUACAUGUAAGAGCACAUCAAUCAGACCGGUGCAUUGGCUUCCAUGUGCUGCUGUUUUGUCGGUGUAUUGUGCGUCUCCUUACCGUCUUCGGGUAGCAGCUUGGGCGUGCGCUUCCUCUUGCCACGGCGCUCGUGCAACACGUCGACAACGACACCACUAGGCAUAUCUGAACACAACAGAACAGUCAAGACAAUUAAGACGUGAGCGUAUGGCGUCUCUGUCCUGUGUGAGCCCUUAUUUGUCACCUUUGCCCGUUUUUCUUUUCGGUCUCGUCACCAUCUUGUCCUUCACUCCCGCAGAUAUGCACACUGCAGUGCAGAACAGUCACGAAAUGAAUGCAGUCGGGGGAGGCACAGAUGGAUUGCCAUGUAUAUGAUUGGCAAUCAGUAGUCAGUGUUACCAUUGGCCUCACAGUGGUCUUCUGGCACGUCCAUCUGGUCCGAUGCUACCCCGCUGCCCUCUCCCGUACUCCCUGCAAUGGUGCAUGCACGCAAAGGCCCACAGUGCAUGUGACGCCCACGUCGACAACUGUUCUCGGCAUCAAAUGUCCGCCUUACCGCUGCUUGAUGGCUCUCCCUCGUCGGCGUGAACUGUCAUGAUGGCUCGGUGGCCUCCGAUGGGCCGUGGACCGGGCACUGGGACGCCUCCGGCGACAAAGCCAUUCGGAGCUUUGCCGCUCCAUAUCAUGAUGCUGUUGGAUGCUGGUCCCCUGCGGUGGUGCUCAGGGACUCUCGUGACUGUUCGAUACUGUUGUGACCUCAGAACAGGUGUGCAAAGGGGCUCUGCAGCCGAUUCUG